CACAAAACGGACCCUAAACCACUCACGUUCAACGAGGUUUCGAAGCUCGUCUCUCUUCUUCUCUCCGAUCCUGCUGAUCCAUUAGGUGUUUGUACAAGUGCUAUAAAAAGUAUGCUAUGAGAAUGGUGUUGUGAGAUUGCCACACAGAAAGUUUCUUUCUGGGAAGAGUAUUAAUGAAAUAAAAGAAAAGUGUUGUCAAGGAAAAACAGGUUGAGUUGCCCAAAGAAGCUGCUGGAGAAAAGAUUAACUCUUCUCUGUAAUUAGUCUACCAUGCCCUCCUCAGUCAUUAGAAUCUCCCCGGUGCAAAACAAAGAUGGUGGCAAUGCACAUGAAGUCCCAAAGUCAGCAGUUGUUCCUCGGCAACAAGGAACCACGAGUGCGCAAACUUUAAACUUGCCAAAAGCAGUUACUACAUCAGCAGGAGGUUCAGAUGAAUUUAAGUAUGGGUUUCCAUCAGAUGUUGGCUUGUCGGUUCUCUCCUAUAGAUGGUGGGGAAGCGGAAGUUCUGAUCCUAAUGAAGAUGACAUUAGAAAAGAAGAAGAAGACGUUUCUGAGGAAAGAAAGCAGCAAUUAGCAGAGCCCAUGGACAAAUCUGAGCAAGAUUUAAAUACAACUCAUAAAAUAAAUCCAGAUUUAGUAGGAGCUGGUUUACUGUCCGAGUUGAGAGAAGCAGCUGCCAAAGAAGGGAAAGAAGCUUUGAGGGUUGGAGUCUAUCGGGGGCAGCAUGGUCUAUUCAAACUAGAUUUGACCAAAAGAAUGGUGCUUCUUCAAGCAUUUAAAUCUUCAUAGCCUGAAUCUCUGUGUUCUUCCCUUCACACGAUGAAGGGACCGGAAUGUCUUGUUUUCAAGACAGGAAAUAUAAAGUUGGCUAUAACCUAAUUUUCAGGAUGCCUAGAAGUGAUGUCCUAUAUCCACGAUGCCUAAGAAUGAUUUCAUGUACUGCGUAUUUUCCUUAAAGGAUCACUUAAGUGUUAAUUUUUGUAUUGCCAAG